AGCAGUGAUUAUAGAAAUGACGUCUUAUGUUAGUGGAGCAACACACGGAGCGCAUCUCACCGCAUUUACAAGCAAACUUCCCUUCUACAACUUGUUCGAGUUCUGGAGGGUCCAGACGGUUACUGAUACUAAAAUAUCCCCUAUGCUUAUCUUUUGCCGCAUCUUUAGAACUCGUCGUCAGUUGUGUGGUUUUAUUUCUUCUUGGACUUGGCCACGAGUUUCUAAAGUCGGUUCAGAUAAGCCAUGGGAAAUGCCACGUGCCUGGACGAGACGUCACGGACAGUGACGUAACAUGUUUUGAUAAAGAAGCUAGUUCACUAUCCGAAGAAUAUAGCAAAAGACCAGCAAUGAACGUUGAACAAAAGAUGAGUACUUUGCACCACCUAGCGAAUACUAUUUUAUACUGCGUGGUGCUUGCGUGGUCUUACUUGUUAAUGCUUUCCGUGAUGACAAUGAACCCGUGGCUGGCUGGGAGCUCUGUGCUUGGAUGCAGUACUGGCUUCAUGAUUUUCGGCGUUAACGAAAAGAGUCUCCCGAAUUCGCAAACGGUAGAAAUUGAUAACAACGAAAAGUCAGACACGAACAGAAGCGAUAAGGUGGUGGAGCUGGAACAUUUGAAGUAAUUUCAUAAAAAACGUUUUCCUAAUGCUAACUGCAUCGUUUUAUUUGCUGAAUCGCAUAUCUAGUUGAUGUUACAACACCAACUGCAACAUUUGAUGACAUAUCUUGGACUUGCUUGCAUACCUCACAAACACACACACCAGUUAUGCAUACCACUGCAGUAUGUUUAAGUUACAGAAAAAAACUUUUGCCCUAAUGUUGGCUAUUGAUGCGACGAUACAUGAGUUUCCUUUAUAUUUCAAUUAUAAUCUUAAAGAAUGAAAUACCAUAGUACACAUAAUAUUGUUAAAAAAUCGAAGCAAAAUUCAACACCGCCAGACAAAACAAUGUAAAUAAAAUGCACAAAGUA